UUUUUAUUUCUCUAUAGUCUUAUCAAAGUCAAUGAACCUCGCUUUCAUUUUCAUCGCUAGCCACAAUACUUUCCUCCUCUCUCUCUAACGAUUUCGCAAUGUUCAACACCGGCGAAUCUUUUCGGAUCCCGGCGGGAUAUUCCGCCGGACUCGGCCACAAUCCGGGUCAAAACCGGGUCGGAAGCUCGGACUCCCGGGUCCCGCUCCUGAACCUCUCGACGGUCCGAACGAGAAUGGAUUCUCUGCAGCGCUUCCUAUCGGACUCGGUCAAUGGAAACCAGUUGAUAAGUCAAGAUCAGAUGGACAUGGUCUCCACCGAGAUCGUCUCCGCCAUCCACCAAAUCAUAGUCAACGGCGCCGCCCUCCUCUCCUGCAGUCAAACCUCUGACCUUACCGCCGCCGCCGCCGCGGAAGUUUCGCCACCAAACUCAACAACCCCGCCGAAACUCGCGCCGGAUACAUCGGUUCCGUUAAAAGUAGAAGCGUCAGACUCCGACGAUUUCAAAGUCGAGAAUUCGUUUCUCGACUCCGACUCCGAGAUAGUCGAGCUCGACGCCGUGGAGUUGCUUGCCGAGCACAUCCAUUUCUGCGAGAUAUGCGGGAAAGGCUUCAAGCGCGACGCGAAUCUGAGAAUGCACAUGAGAGCUCACGGAAACCAGUACAAAACCCCCGAAGCUUUAGCCAAGCCGGACAGGCAACUCGGCGGCUCCUCCGCCGCCGCCGAGUCGAGCCGGCACACUAAAUUCUCGUGCCCGUACGACGGUUGCAACCGCAACAAGUCGCACAAGAAAUUCAGGCCGUUGAAAUCGGUAAUUUGCGUGAAGAACCACUUCAAGCGAAGCCACUGUCCGAAGAUGUACUCGUGCAACCGCUGCAACAAGAAGAGCUUUUCGGUUGUGGCGGACUUGAAGAACCACCUCAAGCAUUGCGGAGAGGCGAGGUGGAAGUGCACGUGCGGCACGAGCUUCUCGCGCAAGGACAAGCUGUUUGGUCACAUGACUUUGUUCGAAGGCCACAUGCCGGCAGUUGCGGGAGAUGAUGAUGAGUGCCCGAAAAUCGCGCCGGAUUCUUUGGCGGCGGUUACGGCCAUGGAAGAGGAUGAUGAGGAUGUUGUUUUGGGUUCGGGUUCGGGUUCGGAUAACGGGUUGUUGUUCGAAGGGUUGAUGGAUGAUUUUGGUGGUUCGAUUGAUAGCUAUUAUUGUUUUCAGGACAUGUUGGGUUCGCCUCAGCUUAAUGGAAUGGAGUCAUGUUUAUGAUAUAUGAUUUUUGGGAAGGUCAUCUCAUCUCUGCUCUGUUACUUUGUUGUUAUUAAUGGAUUUAUAUAUGUUUGUUUGUAUGUAAAGUAUAUUAUUUUUUUUUUUGGUUAUAACUUACUUAUGGACUUUCAUGUUGAUGAUC